GUGGUGGUGGUGGUGGUGCCCCCGCUGCCCGGGCCGCCCCCGGCCGGCGCCCACCCGCAGUGCCUGGACUUCAAGCCCCCGUUCGGGCCCUCGCGGCCGCUGGCCUUCUGCGCCUCCUACUCGGCGCUCGGCUGCUGCCAGGCCGCCCAGGACGCCGCCCUCGCCCGCCGCUACGACGCCGCCCUCGCCCGCCUCCGCCCCGAAGCCCGCCACGCCUGCGCCGCCUACCUGCGCGACCUGCUCUGCCAGGAAUGUUCACCAUACGCCGCUCACCUGUUUGAUGCUGAGGACCCCGCCACGCCGGUGCGGACGGUCCCCGGCCUGUGCCGCGACUACUGCAGGGCGUUGUGGCCAAAUUGCCGCUCCGUGGUCAGACUCUUGUCCCCGGACAAGGAGCUCUGGGCCCUGGAGAACAACCAGGCCAAGUUCUGCCGCUACCUGGGCCUCGCCGACACUGAUUACUGCUUCCCGCACCUGCUUGUCAAUGAGAAACUGAACCAGAACCUGGGCCAGGUGAGGGAGGAUGCCAAGGGGUGCCUCCAGCUCUGCCUGGUGGAGGUGGCCAAUGGGCUCCGGAACCCGGUGGCCCUGGUCCACGCCGGGGAUGGCACCCACCGCUUCUUCGUGGCUGAGCAGGUGGGGCUGGUGUGGACCUACCUCCCCAAUCGGUCCCGUCUGGAGAAGCCAUUCCUGAACAUCAGUGAGGCUGUGCUUACCUCUCCGUGGGAGGGGGAUGAGAGGGGCUUCCUCGGGAUUGUCUUCCACCCCCGGUUCAGGCACAGCGGGAAGGUGUACGUCUACUACUCAGUGGAAGUCCACUACGAGGAGAGGAUCCGCAUCAGUGAGUUCAGGAUCUCCCCCGACGACAUGAACACAGUGGACCACAGCUCGGAGAGGAUCAUUCUGGAGAUUGAAGAACCAGCAUCAAACCACAAUGGGGGAGAGCUGCUGUUUGGAGAUGAUGGCUAUCUUUACAUAUUUACUGGCGAUGGAGGCAUGGCUGGGGAUCCUUUUGGAAAGUUUGGAAAUUCGCAGAACAAGUCAGCCCUGCUGGGCAAAGUACUGCGCAUUGACGUGGACCAGAAUGACCGUGGACCCCUCUACAGGAUCCCUCCCGACAACCCAUUCGUGGCCGACGCCUCCGCCCGCCCCGAGGUCUAUGCAUUCGGCGUACGGAACAUGUGGCGCUGCUCUUUCGACCGGGGAGACCCUGUCACCGGAGAGGGGCGGGGGCGGCUCUUCUGUGGCGACGUGGGGCAGAAUAAAUUUGAAGAGGUGGACAUUGUCGAGAAAGGGAAGAACUAUGGCUGGCGGGCCCGGGAAGGCUUCCAGUGCUACGAUAAAAAGCUGUGUGCUAAUUCAUCUUUAGAUGAUGUGCUUCCCAUUUAUGCUUACCCACACAAGAUGGGGAAGUCGGUGACAGGAGGCUAUGUCUAUCGGGGCUGCGAGUCCCCAAAUUUGAACGGCCUGUACAUUUUUGGUGAUUUUAUGAGUGGGCGUUUAAUGUCACUCAAAGAGAACCAUGCCACUGGAGAAUGGCAGUACACUGAAAUCUGCAUGGGCCAAGGACAGACUUGCAUGUUCCCUGGGAUGAUCAACAACUACUAUCAGCACAUCAUCUCUUUCGGUGAAGAUGAGGCAGGGGAACUUUACUUCAUGUCAACUGGUGUACCAAGCGCCACCUCUGCCAGUGGAGUAGUUUACAAAAUGGUGGACACCUCAAGUUUUUUGCUAGGGCACCUGCCUAUCUUCUGGAAUGUCAUUAGCAAGAAGGAGCUGAUCUAUGAUAACUUCCUGGAAUGGGCUAAGGAGUAUGGGCCAGUCGUGCGUGUAAAUGCUUUCCACAGAAUCUCAGUUUUUCUCACAAGCCCUGAAGCUGUAAAGGAAUUCCUGAUGUCCCCAAAGUACCAAAAGGAUUCCCGCGUUUACGGCCAGCUCCACAGUUUCUUUGGGGAAAGGUUUUUAGGAAACGGCAUGGUCACAGUUCAUGAGUAUGAGACUUGGCAUAAACAGAGGAGGAUUAUGGACCCGGCCUUCAGCCGAAGUUACCUGAUUGGUAUGAUGGGAACGUUCAAUGAGAAGGCUGAGCAGCUCAUGGAGAUCCUGGAAGAAAAGGCUGAUGGGAAAACAGAAGUGAGCCUUCUGAACAUGAUGAACCGGGUGACCCUAGACAUCAUUGCAAAGGUGGCAUUUGGGAUGGAGACCAACACCCUGCACGAUGACCAGACGCCAUUUCCUCAUGCGGUGACCAAUGCCAUGCAGGGAAUCUUCAUGAAGAGGAAACCCUUGUUAGAGUUUCUACCAGGAAAACGGAAGGUGGUGGAUGAGAUCAGAAGUAGUAUAAGGUUUCUGCGGCAAGUCGGAAAGGAAUGCAUCCAACACAGGAGGGAGGCUAUUCAAAACAAUGAGGAGGUUUCACCUGACAUUCUCACCCAGAUCCUGAAGGGGGAAGCUAAUGAGGGACCGAGUGAUGAUGAAAUAAUGGUGGAUAACUUUAUCACUUUCUUCAUUGCUGGUCAUGAAACUACAGCCAACCAGUUAGCAUUUACAAUACUGGAGUUAUCCCGCCAUCCUGAAAUCCUGGAAAAGCUUCAGGCUGAGGUGGAUGAAGUGGUCGGGUGCAAGAGAGACAUCGAGUAUGAAGAUCUGGGCAAGCUGCAGUACCUGUCGCAGGUCCUCAAAGAGGCCCUGCGGCUCUACCCUCCAGGACCCGGGACUUCCCGGUGGCUGGACAAGGAGGUGGUGGUUGAGGGGAUCCGGCUCCCUGCUCACAUUUCCAUUUUCAUUAGCUCCUACACGAUGGGAAGGCUGGAAAAAAAUUUCAAAGAUCCCCUGGUUUUUAACCCAGACCGAUUCAACCCUGAAGCUCCCAAGCCAUAUUUUACCUAUUUACCGUUUUCCUUGGGGCCAAGGUCUUGCAUCGGACAAAAUUUAGCUAAGAUGGAAUCGAAAGUGGUGAUGGCCAAAUUUCUGCAGAGGCUUGAGUUCCAGCUGGCUCCAGGACAGAACUUCACGAUUCUGGACACGGGGUCCCUCAGGCCCAAGGAUGGGGUCACCUGCACCCUGACACCCAGGAAAAGCCACCAUGACUUCAGUGGGGGAACUGGAGGAGAUAUGAUUUCAGAAGGUCUUUGAAGAUGGGGAGAUGAGAAGGUUUGCCAGAUGUGCAGGUCGCGGUGGGUGAGGGGGAGAGCAAGAGGUGGGCAGUGAGAGAGACAAGUGUGAGGCAGAGUGAGUAGGUUGGCAUAAGAAAACCUUCCUGAUUUCCACAGACACAAUUCUUUAGAGAGCUUUAGAGACCCCUCCUCACUUCAGGGGUCCCGGGACCCUGGCCCCAGCUUCCCCUAGGGGGCUUCCAUCCCUGACUUUGAAACGAUGGUCCUCUAGACUUGAAGCGUUGUGGGCAGGAAAUGUGCCUAUUAACUCUGAUAUAUUGUACUCUCCAAAGUGCUUAGUACAGUGCUCUUUACACUGUAAGUGCUCAAUAAAGACCAUCAAAUGAUUAACUGUACUCACCAUUCUGGAGGAAAAAAAUCAAGUAAAGCACUUUGGGGCCCCUGGUGAUACCUGUGCUCUUGGCACUGGUUAUUGGCAUUGGUAUAUUGUUAUAUUAUUCUUUCCCAAGUGCUGGGUACAGUGCUCUGCACACAGAAAGUGCUCAGUAAAAACGGCUGAUUGACUAGUGUUGAGCAUCCCAACAGUUGGUUCUGCUUGCUUAUCAUUAUGGGCCCCUGCCUGGGUUUCCUGCUAGAUUGGAGAUUCCUUGAGGGUAAGGACAGCAUCUUUUAAGAUUACUGUAUGCUCCCAAGCACACUACACAGUGGAUACUAUAGGGUCAAAGAGAUAGAGUUUGCUUAGAUUGAACUAUGUCGCUAAGCACAGAGGUUGAGAGCAAGCAGCGCUGGAGAGAAGGCCCUUUGAAGUGGGGCCGGUCUUCUGUUCCCUCAUCUAGGCAGACAGAUUGUUGCUUUCCUGCUGAAAAGAAUCUACUAGUGCUAGAAGAAACGCUGAUAGCAAUAAAGUUGUCUGUGAUACAGUGC